AUGGCCGGAGCGCCUGCCCGACGCUAGCCAAUGGGAGCACGGCACUCCCCGCCGCCAACCAAUGGGCACCGGGGGGCGGACCGCGUAGUAACGCUCGGAGCGGCGGCGAUGGCGCCGGAGCGUGGUGAGCGCUCGCUCCUCGCCGGUACCGAGGGUCUUCCCCGGGUUUUCCUGCAGAGCCUGCGGACUCUUUUCGAUAUCCUGGAUGACCGGCGACGGGGUUACGUGCACCUACGGGAGAUCGAGUCGCGCUGGCGGGGAACGGAAGCCCAGGAGCUGCCCGUCGGGGUGCUGGAGGGGUUGCGGCAGGCGGCGCCGGCCAGCGGGUACCUCACCUUCGAGAGGUUCGUUUUGGGGCUGCGGGCGGCCCUGCCUGGGGCUGAGCUCACGGUGGAGGGUGGCAGCGGCGGACGGCGGAGCGUGGAGAAGCCGCCGAGCCCUCGCUGUUCCGAGGAGCGGCGGGGGAAGAGCACCCGGCAGCGGGAACCGGGGCACGGCCAGCCCCGAGACCGCGGUGGUGAUGCAAAGUCUGCUGGGCAGUCCCAGGGAGACAGUGGCCACCAAGGGGCUGGGGACUCUCGGAGGCAUCAGAGAGGCCGUGCAGAACACCGGAGACACACCAUCACCAAUGGCGUGGACUUCAGCAUGCUGAAACACAUGAAGGAGCUGGAAAAGGAGAAGGACUUCCUGUUGCAGGGCCUGGAGCUUAUAGACCGGGCUCGGGAGUGGUACCACCAGCGCAUCCAGCUCAUGCAGGAGCACCAGCGGCUCCUGGGGAAGAAGAGAACCAGUGCUGAUUUCCCUGAAGGUGGCCAGAGCCACCUGGGGCGCCUGGUCCCCAAGCUGCAGGAGGUGAACAGCUGCCUGAGUGACCUUCUUUCCACUGCUGGCAAGACAGCAAACCCCUCCUCAGCCCUUAGCAGGCUGGUCCCUGUGACAUCCCCAGCCUCCACAGGCUCCCAGCAAGUCAUCAACAUGCUGAAGGAGCAGAAUCGGCUUCUCACCAAGGAGGUGACUGAUAAGAGCGAGCACAUCACCCAGUUGGAGCAGGAGAAAUCUGCCCUGAUCAAGCAGCUCUUUGAGGCUCGUGCCCACAACAACCAUGAGAUGAGCCAGCUGGACUCCACCUUCAUCUAGCAUAUGCCUCCCCUGCCCCAUUCCUAAACUUCCCGGGGGGCUUCAAGGGACUCUUGCCCCAAACUCAUCACACUCCAGGUGUCGUGUCUCAAGGUCUGUGACUGCUGGUGGCAUUUCUGUGGGAGGAAGCCGGGACCUCUCUUGAGGAGCAUCCCUGCCCUGCUGUUGGCUUAGCAGCCAUGCUGCUCUCAAGCUGCUCCUUUCCUUUCUGUAAAUGGGCUGUAGGGAUGCUGUCCCCAGCCCUGUGACCCCCAGCAUGCGGGAGACAUGGCUGCUGUCUGUGCUAACUGUGUGGGGUGAGCUGCUGUGCCCUUGCUGACUUAGGCUGCAAAUUGGGUGCUCUUGGGAAAAAGUGAUGCAUCUUCAAUGCUCCAGCCAGCAUCUCCAGACAAACCUGGCACUUGGAGGUUGCUGGCUCCUGCUUGUCCUGCCGUUGGAAGACGAGAUUGGAAAUCCAAGGAGACGUGCCUGGCCCCUCUCUGCUGCCCAUGUUGUCUGCCAGAGACACCGUCCUAGCGCUGUAGUGCCCAAUCUGGUGGUCCUUGUGGCAACCUCUCUGUUGUGUUUGUGGUAGUCAUACCAUAGUUGCUGUUUACAUGACUGCAGGCUCCUGUAGGGAAUGAGCCAUAGAACCUACCAAGAUAGCCUACACCUCUGAGCUGCUGUUCUGGGCUGUUAACAAGUUGAGACAGAAACCUCACCCUUUACUUGUCUUGACCUGGCAAAUACUUCCUGAUGUCUGCCAGGAUUAGAUUCUUUUCAUGAUGACUGUAAAGGAAGUGAUGUUCUGUCACCUGAGGAUGCUCACAUCAGCCUGACCUCACAGAGGGGUUUUAAAACUUGGUUUUGUAUUUGACUUGAGUGUGGGACAGAGCAGAGGCUGACAGGCUCCUUCCUGUGCACAACUCCACGUGGAGAAAUUACGUCUCUGCCUCAUGUAGUUGUGGAGGCUACUGCCAGGGAUGACGUCCUGACUAUGAGCUGCACUCCUGUGCAGGGAGUGCACCACCCUCUCUUGAGGGGUGGUGGUGAUGGUGGUCUAAGAUGGCACAUCUCAGGACUCCUCCUGCUUCCCAUCCAGCUUGAUGAUGCUUGAGCUGAAUGACAUUUGACUGUGGUUUGGUAUUUGGCAUCCAUGGUGCUGUCACUGAAGAUCCCAUGUAGCACAGCCUGGCCCUCUGUAUCCCCAAGGCCAGGACCUUUCACUCUGGGGUUGUUUUCAUGCUCUGACUCUCCAGGCACGAUGCUGUGGUGCAGAGCUGAGGUGGGCAGAAGGUGCUGGCUCUGUCCUGAGCUGACACAUGGCGGGCAAUUCUGUUCUCACUCCUUUUUUUAUCUGUCAGGACUCUCUGUCCCUUCCAGCUGUUCUCUUUGAGAUUGAUCCUGAGCUAAAGCUCACUGCAAGACUUGAAUUCCUGCUCUGCCCUUGUGCCUGCAGCUGGAGUGGGGAUCAGCAGAGUGCCAGAGAGAUGGUGGAAGAGGAGCAGUCGUGUCCCCUGUCUGCAGGAGUUCAGUGUUAGUUGUCCCCUGGGCAUCAGUGCCUGUUAUCCUUUUUGUGAUGCCUCCUCUGGUGUCCAGUGCCUGUUUUGCCUGAGGUUUAAUUAGAACUGACCCUUUUUAUGAGGCUAAUAAAGUGGGGUCACCUAUUUAAUUUAUCCUUCUAUCCUCUCCCUAAAUCAGCCCAUCUACUGUUGCCAGCCCUGAAGUCCCUGGCUGUCCUGUCUGUUAGAAUGCAGGGGGAGCUGAAACUGCAAUCUGGUGAGCAAAGAGCCCAGGGGUCUCUGCACCUGGACAUGUUUCCCUGUCCUUUCCCUCUGGGCUUCCUAGGGACUGGGGAUCCCCUCUCACCUGCUGUGGGGCAGGGUCUUAAAGCCACCUGUCCCCCUUAAGUGCUGUAGCCUCAUAUGUCUACUCUAGAAGCUGUGCUUGGGGCUCACACUGCUCAGGCAGUGCUGGUGCAAUUCUCAACCUCUUAUUGCUUUUAAGUACCCUUUCUCAGAGCUGCCCACAGUGGUGGCAACAGUGACUGGUGCUCUGCAGUGACUCCUUCCCAUAGGGUCAGCCACAGGGAACCUCAGUGGCAUGGUAUGUGUGGCACAUGUCCCUCUGCCCUGUGCUGACGUGGCAACUCACGUGGGGUAAGCAUGAGGCUCUGCACUGAUUGGGGCACCCUCCUUUCCCAGGCUGUGGGGUGAACCCUGCAUCCUGCAGAGGCUGAGCUUCCCCUGCGGGGAGCAGAGCCAAGAGAGAGACCCCAGUGCUGGCAGAGGGAUCUCUGCCAUGGUGCUGCUUAGGGCAGCUGCUAGUUCCAGCUGGGGCGGGAAGAGCGUUGGUAAUUUCCCUUGGUUUCCAUUUUAUGCCUUUGUUUGGGUGUGGAGGUCAUGAGGGCUUCCAAAGGAAAAAUAGAGUCAUGGUUCCCACUCCAGGCUGCUCCAUGCAGAGCCAGGGCAGCUCUUUCUCCCCCAGCCUAGGGGGUUUGUCCUAGCCCUGGCCAGCAGCACUGUGAGAUUGCCCCAGAUUGCGGGGUAGCCCUGGGAGUGCCACAGUGCUCUGGGACGAGGUUUCCCCUGGGAACUGCAGGGCUCACCUCAAGCUGUCACCCUGACCUGGCCACAGAGUUUCUAGGUCCCUGAUGGGCCUGACCCUUGCCUGUGGGUUUGGGCUGUGUCCACUUUGGCACCCUUUACUGUGGGGCUGUCUCAGGAGCCAUGAGACCUGCAUUCGGGGCCAGGUCUGUACCUGAUGUCAAUGCUGGGACACGUGGGUGAACACCUUCCAUUCUCUUCAGGCUUUUUUCUGCUGGAACUGGGUUUGCAUAGAUCUGUGGUGCCUCCAGGACUCUUAACAGCUGCUGGAACCCACUGUGUGAAACUGGUUACAUUGGGAACAGCUGGAGCAGGGAUCUGCUGUCCCCAGCCAGGACAGCUCCUGCCAACCCACCUCACCUCCCCACAGCCCUCCACACUGGAGGUUGUCACAUGCAGGUGCAGCACCAUGGGGUCAACAUGCUUGUCCCUGGGCAUUUAGGGUGGGUGCCAGCGUGACAUUGCAUGGGGCGUCCCCACUGCCAGUGCUUGGAGCAAAGUGAGCUGUCUCCUGAGCUCAGUCCACGAGUACACCAGUGGAGGUGUACCUGGGAUGCGGGGUCUCAUCUGUGUCCUUAGCCAUGAAGUUUAGGAAGGAUCCAGUCACCCAGGUUUACCUAUUUGUACCUAUUUUUCUUCUGCGCAGCUAUGUGUUCUUUACAUGUCCUCUGAGCCUAGGCUCUAGGUGAGAAGUGCUGCUGUCCCAGCAGAGCAAUUAUACCACAUGCCAGAAGGAACAGCUACAUCUUGGGCCCCUGACCUGAAUGUUCUGUCUUUUUUGCUUUUCUUCCCUGCCAUACGGUCAGCACUGCUGGGCCACCACAGUCUCUGCUGCCCUGGCCCUGCAGCUCAGUGCAACUCCCUGGAAAUCACCAGGGAUGUGAUGUCCUGAAGAAGACCCUGGGUCCUGGGGAUGGUUCUCAUUGGGAUGGGGAGCUGGGCCAUGCAGGGCUGACUGGACUAAGGAGGUGCCUGUUGUAUCUCAGACCUGCAAGUGGGUGCUGGUCAUCGCUGUGAUCCCUCACUUAGUGUUCUCCCAUUCCAGAUCAUCCCCAUGCUGUGUUGCUGCAGCCCUGCCGGUGUGCUGGGCUCUUGCUUCUAUCUCAGGUUCCAGAAUGCCAGCACUGUUCUCUUCCUGGCAGGGAUAAACUGCCUCCUGUCUUAGGAGCGUCACCUGGUGCUACCCAGUGCCCCCUGUUCCCCCUCCCUGCCUGUGGCUGACGUUUGCAGCACUGUGAACAAAGGCCCUCUCCCAGGUGGAAUGGAGAAGGGUCUGCCCUGCCCGCUGCAGGGUAGGGUGGAGGCUAAGCCUCUACUCACCAGCAUGGCUCAUUUCUGGAGGGCACUUCCCAUCCUGAGGGGCUCAGUUGCAACAUCCACGCUCUGCUUCAGCAUCCCGUCGGAUCUCUGCUGGGGCCAGUGACGUGCUGUGGCUGUGAUCCCAGCCUGGCGUGAGCGCUCACCUCUGACUGCACAGCUCUCCCACUCUGUUCCAAGGUACAGCUGAUUGAAGGCAGAUGCUCCCUCCAGGAGAGCCAGGCUCCCAGAAUCCCCGCUUUGCUCUGCAGCUGCGUACCACAGGGACUUAAACUCCCCCAAGUUACACGAAGAGACAGCAGCACAUGGCAGAUCCCCAGCCUAGGAAAAGCAGCUGUCAGGGAGCAGAGCAGGGGCUGAAGUCUUUGCCAGCGCCCUGGAGGACCACAUGCAUUGUGUGGGUUCCCUUAGACCCAAAGUGUCCCUUUGUGGUACACACACCCAUGUGGCAGUGGGUGCAGACAGUGGCUACAGGUGGCCCCACCCUCCUGCUGUGCCAUUGGAACAUCUCUGGUUGCUCCUCCUGGGAGAUGCGAUCAUGCUUAGGGUGGGAACAGGCAGCUGGAGAGAGCCUGCACUAGGUCUGGGCUGCUGUCACAUUCCAGGGAGCCAUCAAAAUCCACCCAUGUAAAAACACCCUUUGCCUACCCUGCCUCAGCUGUAGAUGAGAGCUGGGCACAUGGACCAUUGAAUCAGAGAAUCGGAAUCCCAGGCAACUUUGGGUUGGAAGGGAUCUUCAAAGACCAUCUUGUUCCGCAUCUUGCCAUGGGCAGGGAUAUCUUCCACUAGACCAGGUUGCUCCAAGACCUAUCCAGCCUGGCCUUGAGCACUACCAGGUUGGGACAACCACAGUUUCUCUGGAUAACCUGUGCCAGGGCCUCACUACCCUCACAGGGAAGAAUUUCUCCCUCAUAUACUCUCUAACCAUUGAGGCCAUUCCCCUUUGU